GUUCAAACUGCUGAAUCGAUUUCAAGGAGAAUCCUAAAACUGAAAAAUGAAGAAUUGUUGCCACAACUUGUCGAGCUGUUAAAUGGCCUUAUGAGACACUGGAAGAUGAUGUUGGAAUCACAUGAAACCCAAUACCAAAUAUUGAAUCAAGUGAGGUUAUUUAACUGUCCUGCUUAUGGAAAAUUUUGCAAUGGCUCACAUCGCUUAGCCACAAUUGAGCUCGAGGCAGAACUGCAAACCUGGCGUACUUGCUUUGCCGCCAUUGUUUCUGCAGAGAAGGCAUAUAUUGAGGCUCUUCAUGGAUGGCUAUCUAAGUUCACAAUCAGUGAAGUUGAUGAAAUCUACUCUUGGGGAAUAUACUCAACUCCGCCAUAUAAGAUAAAUAGGCUACCAAUACUUGUAAUCCUUCAUGACUGGUUGGCUUGGCUGGAGAAAACGCCUGAAAAGAAAGUUACCUAUGCAAUCAAAAGCUUUGGCAAAGAGGUGCAGUCUCUCUGGGUUCAACAAGGGAAGGAGCUGAGACAGAAGAGGAGAGUUGAUGAACUUGCCAAGGAAGUUGAUAGAAGGGGCAUUGCUCUUCAGAGGGAGGAAUGCAAAAUUCUUGGACCAGAGCAAUCUGUGCAGGGUUCAGAGGUAAAUAUGCGUACUCCGGUUCAAUAUUUGUUAAAACAGAGAGAGCUUUUGGAGAUACAUAGGAAGAAGCUAGAUGCCGGGAAGGCAAAGCACCGAGCUAGUAUGCUAGAGACACAGCAUAUUACUUUAAAGGCUUUUCAGAGCGAGUUCUGUAGUGUUUUAUCGUCAUUAGCUGAGUUUUCAAAGGCUUCUAUUAAAGUGUAUGCAAGCCUUGUGACUUACAGCGAAAAUGCGAAGACGCUUUAAGAAGAAAAUGGUAGUUAAUUAACUCUGUGAC